ACGGUGCGGUAGAGAGACUAAAGAGAGGUCUUGUAGCAGUUGAAAAAUAACACUGAUCUAGACAUCGAAGGUAGAAACCAUGACGUUGGCAAAAAUCCCGACGUUCACACUGGCCCGUACGGGGGCCGCCAUCCCUGCGCUGGGCUUUGGAUCGGGCUCCAAGCACAGAAUCAAGAAGUGGGAGAACGCAGAGAAGACCGGAGAGGCUCCGCUCGAUGCAGACAUCGUCGACGUGCUGUCGAACGCUAUCAAGGCGGGCUUCACCCACCUGGACGGGGCAGAGACAUACACCACGAGGGGCGAGCUGGCGUUGGCGGUCCGCAACUCUGGGGUACCAAGAGAGCAGCUCUGGAUCACAGACAAGUUCGACCAGGGGUGGCCCCACUACGACCGCAAGAGUCCUUCUCCCUCCGGCCCCCGGGAGAGCGUUCUGAAGGGUCUCGAGACCUUUCAGAUGGAGUACUACGAUCUGUUUCUCAUCCACGCCCAGUUCUUCCGGGAAGACCUUGUAGGUCUUUCAAUCGUGGAGGCGUGGCAGCAGCUCGAGCAGUGCUACGAGGAGGGCCUGGUGAAGAAUAUUGGCGUUUCGAACUUUGACGUCCAGCAUCUCCAGCAGAUCGUCGACGCUGCGAAGUACAAGCCCCAGGUAAACCAGAUCGAGUACAACCUCUACCUGCAGAACCAGACCGAGGGAAUCGCCGACUACUGCCGGAAGCACGAGAUCCAGCUGGAAGCGUACUGCCCGCUCACCCCGAUCUUGGACGCCCGGAUCAACGACGAAAACCACCCCUUGAAGCCUGUCAUCCGGGAGAUGGCCGACAAGUACAAUGUCAGUCCUAACAUCCUUGCCCUGAGAUGGGUCUACCAAUCGGGCGUGAUACCUAUUACAACCUCGUCUAAUUUCGAGAGGAUGAAACAGACCUUCCAGAUCUUCGACUUCGAGCUAUCCGAAAAAGAUUUCAACACUCUGAAAAGCAUCGGCCAAACCUACACGGUCCGUACGCAUUUCAAUCAGUACUUUGACUAACGUAACUCUCCACAUUCCCUAAUAACUAUAGACCCUAGAGCAAGCAGUAAUAUUCUUUG